UCACAAUCUCGCGAGAUGAACUUUCUGACGUCUGGAUUAGCUAUCCGGCAGGAGUUGAGGAGCUAGACCUUAACGGGGCUGAGGGACUUUUAAACAGCGAUCGGGGACUGCUGGCUGUGUUAAGAAAAUCGGGACUGUCCCGGAAAAAGCGGGGCUGUUGGGCGGUGGUGGGUAGCGUGAUGCUUACAUUGGCAAGCAAGCUGAAGCGGGACGAUGGUGUCAAAGGAAGCCGAACUGCUACCACAACCUCUGAUUCAACUCGCAGAGUGUCUGUCCGUGACAGAUUACUUGUGAAAGAAGUGGCGGAGUUGGAGGCAAAUUUGCCAUGUACCUGUAAAGUAAACUUUCCCGACCCCAACAAACUGCAUUACUUCAAUCUGACUGUGAGUCCAGAUGAAAGCUAUUACCAAGGAGGGCGAUUCCAGUUUGAAAUUGAGGUUCCAGAUGCCUAUAAUAUGGUGCCUCCAAAGGUGAAAUGUUUGACAAGGAUCUGGCAUCCAAACAUCACAGAGACAGGAGAAAUUUGUUUAAGUUUGCUAAGGGAGCAUUCGAUUGAUGGAACGGGUUGGGCUCCAACAAGAACUUUAAAGGAUGUUGUGUGGGGAUUGAACUCCUUGUUUACAGAUCUAUUAAAUUUUGAUGAUCCUUUAAACAUUGAAGCAGCAGAGCAUCAUUUGAAAGAUAAGGAUGAGUAUCGGAAUAAAGUUGAGGAUUACAUCAAGCGUUACGCCAGAUGAUGUCACUGACCUCAUAUUCAAGCUCGGAUCCCUAUCAUGGUGAGACAGCCCACCAGCCUCUGUAAAGUCUCCAGAGCUGGAUAGGGGAGGAAACUGGAGACCCCUGGACAAGUUCAGUGUCUUCCUCCCCCCAAAGACUGAAACAAACACUUUAUACCUCCAGCUCCUGCACUUCUUUCCCAGCUCACUGCCACCGGGACCUGAAAAUACAACUUUACCUGUACCCCUCUUGGUUUAGCUUCUGAUGUGUGUGCUUUCUCCAGAGGGGUAUUGUAUUGUCUUUAAUCUGCAAUAAGUUACAACAACAAAAAAUCUUUAAAAAAAAAGUUUUGCUUGAAAUAAAGUAUGAAAAUAAGAGACAGUCACAAGCACUGCAUAUAUUGCAGGCCAUAUGCUAAGCCUCCAUACCAGGUUCAUUAGCAUCAGACAGUCACACUUUAGCAUUGGAUGGAGCCGGCUUUGCCAAUCUUGGUAACACAAAGAUAUUACAUGUCAAGGAAUAAUACUUUGGGUUAAAUUCCACAAAGUUUGCAGUUCAAGAAUUCCUUUGUGGAACUUCUCAAACUGAACCAUACCAAUAAAUCUAAACCCAACGACGCCCCUCUCCACCCCACAGUGAAAGCAGUUAGGGACUGAGUCACAGAGGGAGCUCAAAUUGACAUAACAAACCUCAACCAAAAGUAGAUAUCCCCCUAAAUAUUAUAUAACCUCUAUUGUGGGAGUCAUGUGCAAUGCUCUUCAACAUAUGGAAUUGUGCAUAUUGCAAUAUAUGCCGACUGCUUUCAAAUAAACCUGAGGAAUAUGUUUUAACCUUAAGAAAGCCACAUGUUCUCUUGGAAAUUGUAUCUGCACCCUGUAAUGUACAAUAUGAGUAAUAUAAAUAUAUGAAUUUGAUCUAUCUUUGCACUGGCAUGAAACCGAGGUGUGUUAUUUCUUCUAGAUUUCCAGGGACUCUCAAAAUCCACAUUACACAGCUCUCAAAGAGAAACUUAAGACAUUUGUUGUCUGCUAUGGGAGACUUAACCUUCAGGCCAUUCUAACAUUAGUGCAGUAUACCAGGGAUUGACAGGCGUAUGUUGCUCCAUCUGUUGUGCUUCUGUAGAGUUUGAUAUCCCUGUUUAAUUUUGCCUUUACUUCCUGCAGAAACAGCUAUACAAAGUAAGGAAUGCGUCCAUUUAUUUAGAUAGUGUUAACUGUGCCAGAUCCAUAGAAUAAUGUGCCACUGACAUUACUAAUUCUCACCCCCUGAGAUUGUGUUGUUAUCAUCUAAGGAGCAUCUCCAUUCUGCCACAUACAAGGGUCUUUUGGACUUCAACAUCUUUCUGAAGAACAGAGCUCAACUUCAUUUACUGUACUGUCAGUUGGUUACUCUGGAAGAAUGGCAGAGAAUUAAAUAAAAGCCAUGCAUUGUUCCCUA